UCAGAGACAGAGCUCUGGGUGUCACCAUGGCCUGGACCCCUCUCCUGCUGCCCCUCCUCACUCUCUGCACAGGCGCUGUGUCCCCCUAUGAGCUGACACAGCCUCCCUCAGUGUCAGUGACCCCAGGACAGACGGCCAGGAUCCCCUGCUCUGGAGACCAACUUGACAAGAAAUACGUGUACUGGUACCAGCAGAAGCCGGGCCAGGCCCCUGUGCUGGUCAUAUACGAGGAUAGCAAGCGGCCCUCCGGGAUCCCUGAGCGGUUCUCGGGGUCCAGCUCGGGGAACACGGCCGCCCUGACCAUCAGCGGGGCCCAGGCCGGGGACGAGGCUGACUACUACUGUCUCAGAGCUGAUGGCAGUGGGAGCAGCAUUCAGUAUAUCUUCGGCCGCGGGACCCAGCUCACCAUCCUAGGUCAGCCCAAGGCCGCCCCCUCGGUCACUCUGUUCCCGCCCUCCUCUGAGGAGCUCCAAGCCAACAAGGCCACACUGGUGUGUCUGAUGAGUGACUUCUACCCGGGCGCCGUCAGCGUGGCCUGGAAGGCAGACGGCAGCGCCGUCACCCAGGGCGUGGAGACCACCCAGGCCUCGAAACAGAGCAACGGCAAGUACGCGGCCAGCAGCUACCUGAGCCUGUCCCCCGCCCAGUGGAAAGCUGGCGGCAGGUUCAGCUGCCAGGUCACGCACGAAGGCAGCACCGUGGAGAAGACAGUGGCCCCUGCAGAGUGUGCUUAGGCCCCGGCCCCACCGCCCUCGGGGCCUGGAGCUGCAGGGGCCCAGGGCAGGGGCCUCCCCUCCCUCCCAGCUCAUCCCCCCCCUGCCCUGCACCCGAUGAACCCCUAAUAAAUAUCCUCGUUGUCAAUCAGAAA